AUGAGUCGUUUUACGGAUGUUGACGUUUCAUCUAAAAGACUUCCAGCAGUUUAUGGUUAUCAUAGUCAAAAACUUGUUUCACUUGAACAGGCAUUAGAACUUAUCGUACCUCAAAUUGAUCAACUCGCUCGAUAUAUCAAAACAGCUAAGAAAUACUGUCUUUAUCCUUCGGAACAUAAUCUGACACGUGAUGAGUCAGCUUCUAUUUAUAUUUACACGAUGGAAUGGGAUGAAAGUAGUUUAUAUCGUGUCUUAAAUAAAGCAUUACGAGAUGAAAAUCGACAAGGAUUAAAAAUAUGGUUUCCAUAUUUAAAAUUAUUCGACACCGCAUUGGAUAAACUACCAACAGUCAAAGAAGGUCUAUGGCGAGGUGUCUCUCUUGAUAUAGGAAAAAACUUCAGGAAAAAUCAAAUUUUAACAUGGUGGACCGUUAAUUCAUGUUCAUCAUCGGUUGACGUGAUUAAUCGAUUUCUGGGAGAAUCUCAAACGUCAACUCUUUUUAUGAUCGAAGCUGCAAACGGGAAGAAAGUGUCAGGUUAUACAGUCUAUGAAGACGAAGAUGAAGUUAUCUUACCAAUAGGUACACAGUUUCGUGUAAAAAGUAAUCCAUUAAAACAAUCGAAUGAUUCUCAUAUUGUGCAUAUGAUUGAAAUUAAUGACGAUGAUGAUCAAGAUGUUGCAUCAGAAAUGGAUCAAAUGCAUUUGAAUGCCAAUUCAGCAAAAUCAAAAACAACAACGACUGUAUUGUCAAAACCACCGACAUAUAGAAAUCAAGAACUUGAACAAAUGAUCGAUGAGAUGAAAGAUGAAUCCACUGUGGACUUCCGUAGCAUGCACCAAUUUCAAUUCCAACCAAUUCCAAUACCAGUUCUAGAAUCGGAAUUGGUUGGAAUUGGUAGAAUUGGGAUUGGAGUUGGUUAG